UUUACAAAAAAAAAAAAGUAUAAUAAUUUCGAAUCAUAUAAAUCAACUUUCAACUUAAUGGAAGGCUUGGUAUUGGAGUUCACGGUGGACAGGGAUCAGCACUAUCGUUUCAUCCACGAUUCGCGAGAGCUGUCCUCUGCGAUCCAGCGGCAGUUGUUCGACGACGACGCCGUAUUUAAUGGCCUCCUGGGGCAACUCCACAAGACGGCCGCCUAUGUGAGCAACAUGAACCUGGACAUGCCGCUGAACUUUGACAUCUUUCUGCCCAUCCGCCUGCCGAUGGUCGUGGUGCCCAGCUACGAUGAGAAGAGACGCAGUGUGGAGUUCUCCAGGCCCAAUGCCCAGCACCCGUUCUUCUUCGGGAAUGCGGUGAAUGCCAAAAGCAUGAACCUGCUGCUCAAGCAGGAGCUGCAAAGGGCCAUAGCCAAGCUCGGUUGUGUGGGCUCCUGCUCCGGACUGGUCUACGAUCUCAAGUACUCGGUGUGGAGCCUCGACCGGGUGCCCUUUGUCCACAAAAUCGUGGCCAUGGAGCGCGGCAGCAACGGGCGCCGCUUGAUUCGCUUCGAUUUCGUCCUGGCCCUGGAAUUCCAGGGGGCAGAGAUGAUUCUGCCCCCUUAUUUCAAGGCACCCGUCGCUCACCGCUGGCUUGCCUAUGGCCUGAUGGCCCAGGAUGGCGAUGCCCAUCCGGCGGACUGGGCCAUACUGGUGCCCAAGUGGCAGGACUCGAACCCGGGCGCCUGCAUGAUUGCCCUGAACUGCCUAAUCAUGCUGUUCCGUCUGCUGAGCGCCCAGCAGUGCUUCUGCUUCGCCCAGCCCGCCUCCUUAAAGUUCGCCUUCGUCUUGGCCACCGAGGAGCGCUGCAACGACUUCAAGCGCUUGACAGUCGCCGAAUUGGUUUUUGAGAUCCUCUACAAACAGGUGUUCUGCAACUUCAACGAGGCGGUGUACAAGCGCGUCAAGGGCGACAAGGCCACCAGGAGCAGUCGGCUGAUGGCCAUCCGGAAGCAGCAGUUGCGGGCCCGGGGCGUAUACGCAAUGCUGGAGGAUGCCGUGAUCCGUAACUCGAUCACCAGCGAUCUUGUUAACGCCUUUUUCUGCUACAUCAACGUCUUGCCGACGCCGGAUCGCAUCUACCACUCGCUGGUCGAGGUCCGCAGUACCGAUUGUCCUUUAAAGAGGAAGAGGAGCAGCACUUAAGGUCCUAAUCCUGCCAAGUUAAAUUGACCAAAACGAUGGGGGACCACAUGGGGGGGUUGAGUUGGUGUGCUACCACUUUUGGAUAGGUGGCAAACAACCCCAAGGGACUGGCUUCCCUUGUUGAUUUUUGAAAUUCGAGCACUACUCUAAAUUGGUCGAGCAGUUGGUGGGUAUCCCCCAGCACCAUGCCAUCGUCUUAGUGUCAAAUCUCGGUAAUUGUGCAACUUUAAUGCCAAAAAAUAAGUGGAAAUGUCGGAGAAGAGCUUACACAGAUACAAAACACACACAAGCGGUACACGGGAAAACACCGACAGAGACAAAAGUUAAUAAAAGCCAACUAAAAACUAAA